AAGUACGUGUAAAUUUUUUUUAAAUAGUGUAACACUUAUUUUGGUGUUAAGAAAAAAACAAAUAGUAGAAUAUUUGUGAUUUUACUUCAACAAUUCACGUGCUGCUGGAUUUUUCAAGGAAAAUUAUUGGAAAUUUUGUUUAAUAAUAAAAGCUUCUACAAAUGGCCAUUAUUAAAUAAAUUACGUGUCUUUUAGUGUAUUUUGCUUUCAAACUUUUUUAACCGAUAAAAAACCUCAAUAAUUAUUGUUUUUAUAUACCUAUGAAUACAAAACACAAACAAUUUCAUUAAAUCGAGAAACUGCUCUACAAUAUAAAAAUUCGUGUUAAAAAUUAAUGUUUUUUUUAUAAAUAAAAAAAAGAAUCUAAAUACUAUAGUCUAAAUAACAUCAAUUUGUUUUAAAAAUAACAACAAAAAAUCUAAAUAAAAAUAUUGUGUUUUAUUGCAAAAAACAAAAAGAGAAUAAAAAUUUCUAAAAUAAAACUAACAAACAUCAAUCUAGCAAAAGACUAGCACAACGCACAGUUCAAUCCGAAAGCAGCAACUAUAAAAAUAACAACAAAAAUGGGGCCUAUAGGCAAAAUAAAUAUUAAACCAUUGGCGACCGCCAUAGCAGCAGUAUUAUUUUUAAAUAUUUUAUUAAUAGAUAUCACCUUAGCCGCUGACAAUCCCAAAUUGGAAAUUUUCCCCAUGCAAGAAGUACAAAGAAAACCUGUAGGCAAAUCUCUUAUAUUAACCUGUCGACCCAAUGUGCCUCAGGGUAGCCUAGUCACCGAUUUACAAUGGAAAGAUAAUCUCAGUAACACAAUAUUGCCCAAACCGCACAAAUCUUAUCAACCACUGUAUGAUUCUAAAGGACAUAGAUUAACUGAUAACAAUGGCCGCAAUCAGCAACCACCCAUGUAUACGGAAACAUUACCCGGUGAAAGUUUGGCGCUUAUGAUUACCUCCUUAAGUGUGGAAAUGGAAGGCAGAUACUAUUGUACGGCAUCCUAUGCUAGCACUGAGCUUUUGGAAACCAGUGUAAUGAUUAAAACUUAUGUUGCCAUUACAUGGACAAAUGCCCCGGAGAAUCAGAAUCCCAUUUUGGGCGAAGACUAUGUGGUGAGAUGUGAAGUGAAAGCAGAUCCAAAUCCCACAAUUGAUUGGUUGAGAAAUGGCGAUCAGAUCCGCACCGGCGAUAAAUACGUGGUCCAAACACAUGGUCUGCUCAUACGUAAUGUCCAAGAAUCCGACGAUGGUAUCUAUACAUGUCGUGCUGCUGUCAUUGAAACUGGUGAACUCCUGGAACGUACCAUACGCGUCGAAGUCUACAGCCGUCCCGAAAUCACCUACUUACCCAACACUCUGGAAGCAGUCGAAGGCAAACCAUUCUCGGCCAAUUGCACAGCUACUGGCAAGCCAGUACCAGAAAUUUCCUGGAUCAAAGAUGCCACCCAACAAAAUGUGGCCAGUGCAGAUCGUUUUCAAGUGAAUCCCCUCACCGGUCUGUUGAACAUUAAUUCCGUUACCCAAGACGACUAUGGCAUGUACACUUGUAUAGCGAAAAACGAUGCCGGCGUUGUGGAUAAAAAGACCAAGUUGAAUGUUUUAAUUAGACCAUCGGUUUAUGAGUUGUACAAUGCGACCGUCAUUAGUCAAAAGGAAGUAGCGAUUACGUGUCGUGCCAAGGGUCGUCCAGCACCCGAGAUCACCUUCAGACGUUGGGGUUCCGAGGACGAGUAUGCACCGGGCGUGCAGGUCGAUGAUGACCGCAUUGUUUUGGAACAGUAUAUGGACGAGGAUAAGGGUGAAAGUUCUGGUACUUUGCGUAUUGCUCGUGCUAUGCGCACCGAUGACGGUUUGUAUCAGUGUCUGGCACGUAACAAGGGUGAGACGGCCUACAAGACCGGCCACAUAACCGUUGAGUUCCCACCAGAUUUCUCGCACAUGAAAAGUUUACCGCCCGUAUUCAGUUGGGAGGAACGUAAAGCAAAUCUUAGUUGUUUGGCCAUGGGCAUACCCAAUGCCACCAUUGAAUGGCGUUGGAAUGGCAAACCCAUCAAGGAUUCAUUUGACAAGAAUUUGAUUAUUGAAGGCACCGGACCACGCAGUAAUUUGAUUGUACAUCCCGUGGCCCGUCAAUACUAUUCGGUUUACAAGUGCAUUGCCACCAAUAUUCAUGGCACCGCCGAACACGACAUGCAAUUGAAGGAGGCUCGCGUUCCCGAUGCUGUUGAGGCUGCUGUACCCAAACAACUUACCGCCACCAGUAUUACUUUCGACAUUAGAGGACCACCAACGGAAUUAGGUUUACCAAUUACAGCCUUUACGGCCCAGUAUAAAGAAGCCAUUAAUCCCGAUUGGUCAACGGCACAAAAUCGCAGUUGGUCUCCCGACUCACCCUAUAUUGUGGAAGGAUUAAAGCCUCAGACCAUGUAUCAUUUCCGUUUUGCAGCACGCAAUCAGGUAGGUUUGGGCAUAUGGGGUGUGAAUACCCAACAGUCGACACCCAAACGUUCAGCACCCGAGGAGCCCAAACCAUUGCAUGCUCCCGAACAAAAUGAUUUCGAAGAACCCGUUGUCGUGUCACCCUAUUCCGAUCACUUUGAGUUGAGAUGGAGCGUGCCAGCUGAUAAUGGUGAACCAAUUGAUUUCUAUCAAGUUAAAUACUGUCCGGGCGUUAAAAUGGCCGGCGCCUGGCAUGAACUGGAAAACCAAUGCCAAUCGGCCGAUGUGGUCGAGAGCACCUCCUAUGAAAUGACACGUUUAAGUGGCAACACCUACUAUCGCAUCGAGCUGCGUGCCCACAAUAUUAUUGGCUUCUCGUCGCCGGCAUCCAUCAUUAUGAAAACAACACGAGAUAAUCCUUAUCCCAAAGACUCGGCUUUUAGUUAUCAGCAAUCUGGCAAGGAUUUACUACUGCUAACAACAACGUGUGGCAUGCUUGUCUUACUCUUACCCCAGCUAAGCAGUUCUUUAAUAACUGUACUUCAACAUCCAGUGGCAGCAUUGUAAAAAUCAAAACAAACUUAACAGUCAACGGUGUAUUAAAUAAGUCCUGUUUUUUUUUUCUUUUAGCAAUUAAGCUGUAAAAAAUCUCUAAACAACAAUAUUUUUAAACAAAUUUCUUUAGAAAUCUGUUUUUAAAAUUAAAUUUUUGAUUUAAAAAAUUUUUGUUUGUUUGUUUUGUUAAACUCAUGAAUUUUAUAUAAAAAUGUUACUUAAAUAUUCCUGUUUUACUUUUCACAGUAUUAAAAAAUAUUAUUUUGUUAAUAAAACUAUGUUAAUAAUAUAAAUUAUAAAGCAUUUAAAUAAUUGUUAAUGAAAAAACAAACCAAAAAUAAAACCAAUUAAUUAUAAUAGUUCAAUUACACAUGAAACAAA